AGCCCUGGCCAGGCUGGUCCAGCUUAGCUGCACAAGCACCAUGAAAUACCCUCUGGUGCCGCUGGUGAAUGACCUCACGUUUCCUUUCCUGGUUUUCUGCCUCUGCUUGCCCGUGGGUUUGCUGCUGUUCUGGUUGGUCAUCUGGCUGCGCUUCUUACUUCGCCAGGAUUCAGAGGAAAAUGACUCCAUUUUAUGCUUCGAUUGGGAGCCUUGGAGCAAAGGCCCAGCUGAGUUUUGCUGGGAGGGAACGCUCCACAGCCAGGAGGAGGAGAGGCUCUACCGGUGA